UUCCCACCAUCUUCCUGGGGAAGAAGCCCAAAGAAAAGGACGUGGACUCCAAGAGCCAGGUCAUUGAAGGCAUCAGCCGACUCAUCUGCUCUGCGAAGCAGCACCAGACCUUCCUGAAAGUGUCCAUAGACGGCGUGGAGUGGAACGACGUCAAGUUUUUCCAGCUGGCAGCGCAGUGGCCCACUCACGUCAAAUACCUACCUGUUGGACUUUUCGGCUACAACAAGACCCCGUCGUAGGACUGAGCUUUUUACUCGGACCCCCCACACCCACCGUGACCCGUCGGACUCAGCACACAGAUCGACACCUGCAGAGCCAGUCAGGCAGCCGGACCGUUUCCUUCACCUAACUCCAGCCACAUCCGUCUUCUUUCUCCUUAGGGAGAAGGGGGGUCCAGCACUCCUACUAGUCACUUUAAUGCUCCCUGUUGUGUGUGUAUGUGUGUGUUUUUGUGCGUGCAAUAAGUAUGCAUGCACACGUGAAUGUACAGUGUGUGUGUUUAUGAUGAAAAUCACAGCACAAGUUUAUCAGCUAACUGCCGUUUUAUGUUUCUGUUCUAAGGAAUGCGACCGCAUGCAACCAGAUUCAAGCCCUGAGCAACUCCGAUAAACUCCGUUCAGAGACCCCAUCCACAGAACUACAACACACACACACACACGCACACUGAUGUGCCAGAGACAAUAACUUCAAAAUAAAAAAUAGAAAAAAAAUACGCCACAGGACUUCAGUUAGCAUGAGAUUGCAGUCGACAAGAAAAAAACAGCUGGCUUUGAAGAAAUGCCUGCAGAACAGCUCCUAUUCAAAACUCUCACUCUGAUGUACUUCUUUAUUUCAAGGGCUUCCAUUCUGUUUAAAAUAGCUUUUUUUCCCUGUAACAAAAUAAAUCAUUUGGAUGUCUAAUGCCAAACAUAUAUAUAUAUGAAAGGGGAAGUGUUUUUUUUUUAGAAUUGUGCUCUUGUGAAAAGCAGUAAAACCUUCCCUGUUUUUAAGGUGUUUGUGAUGCAAACUGUGUUAAAGUCAGAAAACUAACGUCCCAGUUGAAACUCUCAAUGUGCAGUUUUUCCUCUUGUUAGCUAUGCACGUCUGAACACACGUGGACCCAUUUUGGCUGAUUUUGCAGCUAGUAAAACAUAUAGUUUAAACCUUUUUCGAUUAUGCAAAAAAAAAACAACUCCCAACAUGCAUGUCCAAGCAGCGCGAAACCUAACAUCAUUGAACUUUAUUUUUAUUUUUCUCGUCGUAACUUUACUGUAAAAAAAAUUAGCCAGGAAAGGAGAAAAAAAGCACAACGUUGCCAGUUUUCAUCCAUGUGUCUGAAAAUGAGCAGCUUUAUUUUCAGUGACGAUUUCAAAUCUUUUCUCCUCAAAAAACAAACAAACAAUAAAUAAAUAAAUAAAUCCCAAUAUUUUCUUUUUGAACAACAAAAAUCAAUGAAUUUAUUUAGCUGCAGAUCUGCGACGUGCUUUUUCUAGCGUGUUGUGAAGUGAUCAGUGAGUGCACGUAAGAGUGUGUGUAUGUGAGUAACGUGGUUUAAAACAAAAAACGUAAAAAUUUCCGAUAAAUAGUUUU